CAGGUUGACACUUCAUGCGAGAAACCUGGUGUUCUGAAAGGAAGAAGUAUCCACAACCUUCCUCUGAUCAGUUUCAUAUGCGAAUGUCGAAUUCCUGGACAAUUGUACACGGGGACACAAAAUCAAACUAAGAAAGGUUUCACUUGUCAACCAUGGUCAAAACAAACUCCCCACAGACAUAACUAUGAAGUUCUAGGUCGAAAUCAGGAAAACUACUGCAGGAACUUUGACAGGGAAGAGCCCUGGUGUUUUACUAUUCAUUCCGAGGUUGUGUGGGACUAUUGCGACGUUCCUGUUUGUGAAAAUGCGUGCUAUGAAUUGAAAAUAUCACUUGAAAAAUGUCCAAAAAACAACAAGGAUUGCAAUGGAAUUACAACAAUGAUCGACUGUCACCUAUCAAAUAUGGAAACAACCUACAAUAUUCGGUGCACAGAUUCGCAUAUGAUGAUGAGGGCUGUAGCGACUAGAAUGAUGCAGUUAGGAAUUAUCACGGAGGAAACCAAUGCUGAUUGCUUUGCUUCACCGUGUGCAUCUAACAACGUGAUAAAAACAGUGAAAAAAAAUUUUGAUAGUAGUUUGUCUGUUGUUUCUAAAGACGCCUUUUGCUGGUCCGUGAGGAAGCUAAUCAACGAAAAAGUUGCCGUUAUUUCAGCAGUUAACAAAUCCACGUGUUAUGAGAUUGAUAAAAGAAAGAUACUUUUUGCAAUGCAGGACGGUCUCAGAGAAAAAUAUGGAGAACUAGAAUUCUCAGCGUUUGAUUGUUCUUUGUCAAGAACACAUGAAAAAGAAGCUAAAGAGGAAACCGUACAAAAGAAAAUUGAGACUUUCAUUCUCACAAAUCUUCAAUCUGGUAUUAUCGCAAUUGUUGGUCUCCUUCUUCUGGUGGGCUUUGUCAUUGUGAUUUGUCGUCGAUUGAAAAGUUUCAGAGUAAAACGCCCGUCUUCAAAGAUGAGUCAAGUGACCCGGCGUCCUACCAUCAGAAGAACUCAAAUCUAUCACGACAUUGAUGAAACCCUGAUAAUGCACGAACCAGAUGAAAUUAAAAUAGAUAAUACGACGUCAUACACAUUACUCCAAAAAGAGGCAGACUCUCCAAAGAAUCAAGCUAAUGAACAGCACAAAGAAAAAGACCAGGUCCAGCAAAAAUCAAAUCCAUCAACAAUGCCGAAAUUACCUGAAGUAACUGAGACUGUCAAACGAAAGGAUACAAUAAUCCAAAAAACAGACGCAUCUAUGGUUUUACAGACAGAACAUGGUAGAAAAGGAUUAAAAAUUGUCAAAGAACAAAUUCAGGGUGAAAUCAAGAAAAAACUGUUGGAGAAAUUUGAAAUGACUAGAUGAGGUGAACAGUCUAUAAACAAAUUUUUUACAACAUGUAUGUUAGUGCACAUUAGAAUUCCAUAUUUUGUUGGAAGAUUUGGUCUCCGAAGACUUUAUUCUUUUCAAUAUCAACUCUAGAGUACUUGUGAGAAGAAUAAACAGACUGAUU